AUGGCGUCCGCCUGGGACUGCCCGCGCUGCACUUUCGCCAACUCCCCCGCUUCCCCUGCGGCGGCGGGCGCGGCGUCGUGGCGCGAGGCGGAGUGCGCCGUGUGCGGCUACCGGCGCGCACACGUGGAUCUCGACGACGAUGACGUGGACGCGAGGGACCCGGAGGAACGCCACGUGGCGGCGGGGAAGCGUGACGCGGAGUGGGCGUGCGGCGUGUGCACUCUCCUCAACGAGCCGGCUACUGCUCGCUGCGCUGCCUCGCCACCACCUUGCCUUGCCCUGUCUCUGGCCCAUCCUUCCUUCCACCUCCCCUCCCUCACCUCCCCUCCCUCACCUCCCCUCCCUCACCUCCCCUCCCUCACCUCCCCUCCCUCGCCUCCCCUCCCUCACCUCCCCUCCCUCACCUCCCCUCCCUCGCCUCCCCUCCCUCACCUCCCCUCCCUCACCUCCCCUCCCUCACCUCCCCUCCCUCACCUCCCCUCCCUCACCUCCCCUCCCUCACCUCCCCUCCCUCACCUUCCUCCCCAUUACCGCGCGCAGCUGCCCCCCGCGCACAGGAACAGCAGCGAUGGGGAGGGGGCUUUGGGGGCGGAAAGGGGGAGCGAGGGAGGGAGGGGGGCGGAAGGGGAGGGGAGCGGAGGGUUGAAGCACGAGGAGAGGCGCGAUGGGGGGGCGGAGGAGAGGGGGAGCGGGGAGAAGCAGACGGGGGAGAAUGGGGGCGUGGGGAGAGGGGAAGAGUGCGAAGAGGCGGGGAGGGGGGCGGAGGGCAAGUCGGGGAACGAGUGGCUGCGACUGCUGCACGAGGCGAGAGUGAAGAGGCAGGGCAGGGGCGACACGACCGUCAAGAGCACGAGUGUGAGUGUGAGUGCGAGCGUGAGCAUCAUGACAUGGAACGUGUGGUUCAACGAGGAUGCAGCACUGCAGCACCGCAUGCAAGCCAUAGGCGCUGCCAUCCAGGACCAUCGCCCCCAUGUCGUCUGCCUGCAGGAGGUGACGCGUAGCAUCGUGGAGCUCUUCUCCUCGCAGCCCUGGUUCACGGAGUAUCACCCCUGUUCUCCUCUGCACGACCCCCACAUGCCGCCCUACUUCUGCCUCAUUCUAUCUCGCCUGGCAGUGCAGCAGCAGCACGUGCACCCCUUCACCAACUCCAUCAUGGGCCGCCAGCUCCUCAUCACCUCCUUCCGCCUCCCCCCCAUCACCUCCCCCGCCUCCUCCGCGCCCCCGUGUGUGCUCACGGUGGCCACGACUCACCUGGAGUCCCCCUGCCCCGCGCCCCCCACGUGGGACCAGUUCUUCUCCCCUGAGCGCGUGCAGCAAGCUGCAGAGGCGCUCCGCCUGCUGGACUCACAGCAGUGGCGGGAACGGGGCGGUGGGAGGAAGCGCGCGCGGGGAGAGAAUGAGGUUAGGAGGAUUGGAGAGGGGGAGGAAGAUGUGGUGUUCUGUGGGGAUAUGAACUGGAAUGACAAGCGCGAUGGGGAUGUGCCCUUGCCUGCGGGGUGGGUGGAUGCAUGGCUGCAACUGCACCCACGCGAGGAGGGCUUCACAUACGACAGUCGCCUGAACCCCAUGCUGGCAGGGGGGCGCCUGCGCCUGCGCCUGGACCGCUGCUUCUUGCACCUGCACCACCUGCGCCUGCACUCGCUCUCCCUGCUCGGCACACACCCCAUCCCCGGGGGCUCGUACUCGAAGCAGCGGCGUGUGAAGGGCCAGCCCACCAUGGUGGACCUGCCCCUGCUGCCCAGUGACCACUACGGCCUCCUGCUCGUGUUCCACAGGGGUGACGGGGGGGCUGUGGGGCACGGGGAUGGGAGAGCGGUGGCAAGUGGUGGUGAUGGUGGUGGUGGUGGUGGUGGUGAUAGGAGCAAGGGUGAUGAGGAGCAGGGGGGAGGAAUCGGAGAGCGGAAAGUUAGUUCAAAGAAAGGAAGGACAAGGGUGAAAGGCACUUGA